AUAUUUGGUAAGACGACUUUAGGCGUCGUUUCAUUGCGUCAUUUCCGGGUUCUUUCUUUCCGAUUCUUCCUUCCAACAUGGCGCCGAUUCGGCAGAAGAAGCGGAUCGCCGGCAAGAAGAGCAAAAAGGGGCCCGGCUGGAAGUUCAGCCUGGACCUGACCCACCCGGUCGAGGAUGGCAUCCUGGACUCUGCCAACUUUGAAAGCUUCCUGAAGGAGAGGAUCAAGGUGAACGGCAAGACCGGGAAUCCGGGCAACGUGGUGUCCGUCGGCCGCGUGAAGAACAAAAUCGACGUCACGUCUGAGAAGCGGUUCUCCAAAAGGUAUUUGAAGUACCUGACCAAGAAGUACUUGAAGAAGAACAACCUGCGCGAUUGGCUGCGAGUGGUGGCCUCCGACAAGGAAACGUACCAGUUGCGCUACUUCCAGAUCAGCCAGGACGACGACCGGUCCGAGGCGGAAGACUAGACCGCCACGACGCUUACUUUUUCGUAUGACAAUAACUUCGGAAAUAAACGCAACACAUUUCUUUUCA